CCAUUAAAGUUUACCCAUAAAAAAAAAAAAUUCAAAAUCAUGCUGGCUCAUGUAUACCAACAACCAAAACCAUUUGAAAAAUUUACCUACGACAGUCUGGUCAGAAAGAAAUCUUCAUUGGAAAGUGAAUAUAUACUAUUGGACAAUACGCAGUAUAAAGAAAUCUGGUUAGUUAUGGAUCUAUAUAGUCAAAUUGAACCGCCACUUUUGUCCCCCCAUAUACUGAGAAAAAAUGAAGCUAGAAAUGUAAAAUUCAUAACAGACACUAUGCAACAGGUGGAAGCAGAUAACAGUUAUUAUAAAUAUAACUUAAAUAACUGUCACAUACGAAAAACCAGUAAUGCUCGUAAACUUAAGGCAAUCAAGGAAAAACUAUAUGAUUUUACUGUAUGGCAGCAAUCGGAAAGAUCUUUAACACCUAGUGAUAAGGAACGCAUUGAAAAUAUCUUAGAUAUUGAUUACUUUCAAGCACAGCAUGAUAAAAAGGUUUACAUUGGCUUCACUCCUUACGUCCACAAUGAAUCAAACAAUUGCAUGGAAAAACUAGCUGACACAAUAUUUUCUCAGGCCAUUUACGAUUGUAGUGAGUUUGCAACAGUAACACCUUGUUUUGCCACGAUUUCUGGUGGUUCUGAACAUAUUAUAAAGAUGAACGAUAUUUACGGUAUUACCCAACCAAAUACAGUAAGCAUUAUGAUGACAGAUGCCGAUAAUAGCUGGCAAGCUACAUGUUUAGGUCAGUUGGCAAACGAUGGCAUUCACUUUACUGCACCACCCUAUAUCGGCAAUCAGAAUUUAAGUGAUGGAAAUCUUCUGAUAAAUAUGCAGGUAUUGGAUAGAAUAGCAGGUCUACCAACCGGUGACAUUAAAUUUGUCUAUGUUUAA